UUCACUUCUCGUACCGGGAUUAUUACAUAUUCGACUAUCUUGCGUAUGUGUAGUUUUUGUGGGCCAAAAAAACUUUUUUUUUGUUUUUAUGCUGAGCUAGCAAAUAUUUUUCCGUUGAACUGAGAACAUAAAUAAUUUCUUGUGUCAAAACAUAAUCUUUAAAUAUUAGCAGUAGUAAACACAAUUCGUGGGCAGCUAUUUUAUUAUAUGAAUGAAUGAAAGUGAGACGUGUGAGAACCGAAACAAUGAAAAUUAUUACGCAGCCGAUUCUUAUCAAAUUUGAAAAAUGUCGGCCUCGUCUAAAAAUAAACAUUUGAUUUAGUGUAAAUUCUGUAAUUCGGUAGUUUGUUGUGACAUCGUGAAAAAGGGAGAAGUGUGUCGUCGAAAUAGUGUGUCGGUUCUGUGAAAGAAUGGCAAAUUCAGUGUCGAGUAAAUCCCGAUACAGACGACGUUUGGCUGCUAUAUCAUUUUUGUCAAACAUAUCGCUGGAUGGAACAUAUCGUGAUACAAAACUAGGGCCUUCGAUAUUAGCAAAAAAAGACAGGAAAGAUGAACGUGACACCACUGAAGAUACGGUUGACGACAGUGAUGUGCCCGAGAUUGUACCGCAUCGUUCCAAACACUUAACUGGAAAACAUAAUUUCAUUCGAUCCGGAAAGAGUCCCGAUCGCAUGUCGGACAGUUCGGAUUCGGAUAGUGUCUUGCAAUGCAUGAGAGAUCGGUCGUCAACCAUUCAGGCCGAUUCAGUGGAACGUCGAACUCGAUUAAAUUCGAUAUCAAGCCGGAACGCCAGUUUUGCCAAGCGUCAAUUCUUCUCGGAAGACAGACGGAGUGAGAAUGUCCACAAUAGCAGCACGGAAAGCCUAAGUAUAAACCGUACACCACGAAAUGUCCACAUUACGGAGCCGAAGCAAGUAAAAUUCGUUGUGCCAAAGAAAAACUAUAAUUUUAAGGACAAUCGCAUCGUGAUGGUGUCAAACAAGCUGCCAUUUUUCGUCUUUUCCUCUAUUCCGUUCAACAAAGGGAAAAACGGAAGAGCUGAACUCCUCCGGAAAGAAGGUGCCCGUCGGCGUAACACAUCGGGAACGAGACCAUUGUCAGCCAUUAGUGAUGCUCCGUUCGAUCCAUUCGAUUUGUUGGGGAUCGAGAAAGGUGAAAACGGUCAGGAACUGUCUUAUGGUCACCUGCUAGUACCGUCAAGACAUUAUCAGAAAGACAAGAAACACGUGACGCAAGAGACUGCAACAUUCGACGUGACCAGCACCAAUGCUGUAAAGAAUCACGGUGUUGCUCGGACUAAGGUCAUAACUUGGCAAAAGCGUAACAAAUGGUGUUACACAUAUGACAAUACAACCAGUCGCACUGCAAUCAGUCCAACUCAACUUCCCAGCGAACCUAAACCGUCCGAUACGGAAGAAAAUGGUGAAGUUAAACAACCGGGAAAUGUUACGUAUUCAGCCAAUCUACUGGAUGAUCCCGAAUUGAUUGCCGGCAAACAUCGUACACUGUUAACCUUUACAUCCUAUGUGACGUCGGUUAUAGACUUCGUCAAACCUUCCGAUUUGAAAAAAGAAUUGAACGACAAGUUCCGCGAAAAAUUCCCCCACGUUCAGCUGACAUUGAGUAAGCUACGCAGCAUCAAACGAGAAAUGCGACGAAUUAACAAAAUGGACAGUCGCAUCGAUCUGCUGACGAUAUCCCAGGCCUAUGUCUAUUUUGAGAAGUUAAUUUUGGCGAAUUUGAUACGCAAAGAAAAUCGGAAAUUGUGUGCUGGAGCUUGUUUAUUGCUGGCUGCGAAACUGAACGAUAUCAAGGGCGAUGCGUUGAAGAGUUUGAUUGAGAAAACCGAAAGUCUAUUUCGCAUCAAUCGCAAAGAGCUAACGGCAUCGGAAUUUGCAGUGUUAGUGGCUCUUGAAUUUAGUCUACACGUUCCCAUCAGCGAAAUCUUUCCACAUUAUCAACGUCUUCUAUACGAAUCGUAGAAUUUGGAGUGUAAAUUAUGAACUGUUUUGUAAGUAAGUUAAGUUUUGCAGUAUAGUAUUUUGAGACAACAUUGUGUCGUUAAUGCGUUAAGUUUGUAGUAAAUAAGACAAUGCUCGUACACCGAAAUUUGAGAUAAUAAGCGGAGGUUAUGUGAAUAUUUUGCAGAAAUGAAUGUUUUUUCAAACAUU